UGGAUGCUGGCCUCGCUCUCGGCGGCUGCGGCGUCCGCGCGCAGCCGGCGCGCGCCUGCCGCCUCUUUUGCUGGGGCCGACGCCGCGCUGAGCAGCGCGGCGCCUGGGCCCGCGGUGCAGACCGUCAACGUGCACCUGGCCCCUUGCGGGGCCGGCGGCUCGCCGGCUGGCGCGGCCCCCAGCGCGGGCCCGGCGACCCGGGACGCGGGUGCGCAGACGGGGCCCGAGGAGCCGGCGCCCCGCCCGCCCCUGGCCGCCCCGCCCCGCGCGCCCCGAGCGGCGCGCGCUGAGUGCCCAGCGGCCCCGGAUCUCGCGGGGGCCCAUUGCGGCGCGCGGCGUGCUUGGGGAGCCAUCGCCAGGCGGAUCGGCGGGCACCGCUCCUUCCGCGGCGACCGCCUGCGCCGCUGCGCCUCGGAGGACGAGGCUCUUGCUGGCUACCUCGCCGAGGAGGGGAACGCGAUCGACACUGGCGAGGAGGAGGACGAGGACCUCAACGCCUGGGUUGCGUGCGCCACGACCCAGAGCGAGUCGGCCGCUGCGCUGCUGCCCACCCCCGCUGCCGGGGGG